AUGGACGUCCAGAUCAAACUAUCCAGGGUCCUGGCCCAAAUCCUCAAUACUGUUUAUGGCGCGGAAGGUCGAUUGGACAAACAAUUCCUCACCACCGCAAAAGAGGCUCUGAAAAUGGUUGCACGUGUCACUGAUCAAUUGGACAAUUCCUUCAGCAUUCUGGCCGAGGGCCUAAACCCAAGCAUCUCAAGGCUCUCUGCUUAUUUACACCUCUCAUAUCACCAGAGUUUUCUUCAAGGUCGGAUAGGACAGUCUGACUUGGGUAUGAUCGAAUCGAUCCGGUCAAAGAGUGUCCGGAUCUUACUGCAAAUGUGCACUGAAUCGGCCCAACAAAUGCUCACCAUUCUCUCGGCCUUACAAGACCACGGGCUCCUUGAAAGCUUUCUCCCAUUUGACCUCGAUGGCACGUUUAACUCAUCAAUCGCGCCAAUGACGGCUCAAUCUGUUGAUUCUUCUUUGGUCAAGGAUCACUCGCCAUGGACCCAACGCGCACUCACUGUUUUGGACGAGAUGAUCUCAAGAGGCAAUCUAGUUGCUAAAUUGAUCAAGACGGAGCUAGAACGGUUGCAGGACAUUCUCAACAGUUUGCCAACGAAAGCCGUGGUUCAUGCGGGUAAUGUCACUCGUUCCUCUCAUGUUCGCGGGCACGAUGGGCAACAAUCACGCCCUCUUGGUACUAGAGCAGCUUCACCUGCACUGCUUCCUCCGCCAUCUUACCUGGACUCUACGCAGGCAAUGCAGAAUGAGUUUCCCCUGGAAGAACUUAAUUGGCAUGAUGGUUUUACCGCGGAAGAGCUCGUGAAUUUCGCAGACUCAAUGGACCUCGAGGCUCUGGACUGGCUCUCUGCAGAGGGAGGGCAGUAG